AUGGCAUCGCCAAGGAAGCCCAAGGAGGUCCAGAAGCUGACAGGCUGUGUGGCCGCACUAAAUAGGUUUAUCUCCAAAUCCACGGAUAAGUCCGUACCGUUCUUUGACACCCUGAGGGGAAGCAAGUCGUUUCUAUGGACGGAAGAGUGCGAGCAGGCGUUCCAACAACUGAAGGAACACAUUGGCAAACCCCCUAUGCUGUCCAAACCUGUGACCGGGGAGGUGCUGAGCCUUUACCUGGCGGUCUCGGAGCACGCCAUUAGUUCGGUGUUAACCCGCGAAGAGAAGAAGGUGCAGCUGCCAGUGUAUUACACUAGCAAGCGCCUCCUCGACGCGGAGACGAGGUAUCCCCAGAUGGAAAAACUCGCCCUCGCGCUAGUUGUGACAGAGAGGAAGUUACGGCACUACUUCCAGGCCCAUAGCGUUCAGGUCUUGACUAAUCAUCCCCUCAGACAGGUGCUGCAAAAGCCCGACGCCUCUGGUCGACUCCUUAAAUGGUCGAUAGAGCUCAGCCAGUUCGAUAUCGAUUACAAACCACGGACUGCUAUCAAGGGCCAAGCCCUAGCCGACUUCGUGGCAGAGUUCACAGGUCUUCCAGCCGAGGUCGAGGAAGCCGAUGAGCCACCACGAUGGAAGCUCUACGUCGACGGAAGCUCCAUCGACAACGGCAGCGGGGCGGGACUGGUGUUACUCACGCCGGAAGGACACAAGGUCACCUCGGUCGUCAGGUUCGAAUUCCCCACGUCCAACAACGAAGCGGAGUACGAGGCACUGCUCGCCGGACUCCGGUUGGCGGAGCACCUGAAAGCUGAAAACCUCGACAUCUUCAGUGAUUCACAACUCAUUGUGAAUCAAGUGAAGGGCCAGUACCAGACCAGGGACGAGAAGAUGGCUGCGUACCUGAAGAAGGUUAGGGAAGGCCUGGGAAAGUUCACCACCUAUGACAUACAGCAGGUACCGAGGGCAGAGAAUUGCAACGCCGAUGCACUCGCUAGGCUGGCGACGUCGAGAGACGCAUAUAUUUUGAACCUGGUACCCUUAGAGGUCCUGAAAACUCCGUCCACGGAGAAGCGGCCCGAAGUCGCACCAGUGGACCUCCAACCUAGCUGGAUGGAUCCAAUCAUUAGGUACUUGGUCAACGGCGAGCUUCCUGAGGACAGGCGGCAGGCCCAAAAGAUGAAGUACCAGGCAGCAAGAUACACGAUGCACGACAACCUCCUCUACCGCAGAGGAUAUUCGACGCCCUUGCUCAGGUGCCUCGGCGCAGAGGAGGCAAAGAGGGUGCUAUCGGAGGUGCACGAUGGGGUUUGCGGGAAUCACGCGGAAGGACAGUCCUUAGCCUACAAAAUAUUACGGCAAGGGUAUUACUGGCCCAGUCUAAAAAAAGAUGCGACCGAGUACGCAAAAAGGUGUGUAAGCUGCCAGAGGUACGCCCCGACCCCUCGACUGUACUCAGAGGACCUAACGUCCAUACUAUCCCCCUGGCCCUUCGCAAAGUGGGGGAUUGACCUCAUUGGUCCCCUGCACAAAACCUCAGGGAGGUACAAGUUCGCUAUAGUCGCCGUCGACUACUUCACGAAGUGGGUCGAAGCUGAGCCGUUGACGGCCAUCUCGGAGGCGAAAUGCACAAACUUCAUAUGGAACAACAUUGUGUGCAGGUUCGGUGUCCCGCACUCCCUCGUGUCCGACAACGGAAAGCAGUUCAACAACGACAACACCAGCCAGUUUUGCGAGCUGCUAGGGAUCCACAAGAACUUUUCCUCUAUCGUGUACCCCUAG